AGAUUGUUAGGCUUUUGGCAAGACGACCUUACCCCAGAAGUUGCGCAACUUCGUUCGUAAGUCGGUUAGCGCGGCCACUUGUCUUGCGUGCGCGUGAGUGGAUGAUGUGUGUGGAAUAUUGACUUAAUUGGUGAUUUUGACUUUUGUGUGUUUUUAUUCAAAAUGGUGCGCGCUGUUGUUGUGUUGUUUUUGUUGUUUGUUGUGAAUUUGUGGAUGGUUGGGAGCGUGGAGUUUAGUGACACACUGGACUCCGUGCCGCCUCUGUUUGACCUGGACGACUGGGCGCGUUGUCGGCGUCCUGGUGACGUGUACUGCGUAUUGGAGGCUGCCCUGGUCUCCGGAAAUCAGACGACGCUGCAACUGCUAAAGGAUUAUUCCUCACAAUCGCUACGCCACUUCAACCGCACGCUCGUCCAUCGCGGCGUGUGCGCCACGCGCUGCGAGGCCGAGGGGCCGGCGGAGACCCGCGCGCGGAGCUGCGUCAACGAGGGCCUGCGGCCUUACGGUGUACAGGCACAGUUCAACAACACGCGGUCUCUAUGUGUGUCAGCAACCUCAACGGGCCACGACGCGCGGGCGCUGGCGGUACUACUACUUGCGCUGGUGGUGUUGGCUGCUCUGGCUACUGCGACGCACAUCAUCACUGACCGGUUUGAUGUCAAAUGCCCUAGAAUCGUGGUCGCGUUCUCUCUGCGACGCAACUGGCAGAUCCUGACGUACGACCGAACGAAACCGCGCAGCGACCAGCGGAUGAAAGGAGUGGCUUGUAUGGAGGGUAUUAGAGUGAUGGGCAUGCAAUGUGUCAUCUUCGCGCACGUAUUGCUGCUGACAGGCACCUCUUUUAUUGACAACCCGCAAUUUCUCGAACAUAUUUACGAGACAUUUGCCGGGCAAGCGGUGAUGAACUCCCCAGUGUGGCUGCAAGCGUUCUUCUGUCUCUCAGGCUUCCUGCUGUCCUAUUCUACCCUCAUCGGCGUCGAGAGCAGCCCCUUCACUCCGCUAAAGGCCCUUGUUGCUGUUGUUAACAGAUGGAUGAGGCUAACGCCAGUCGCAGGCAUCAUACUCUGGUUCACUAUCAGCUGGCUGCCACAGUUAGGCUCAGGUCCUCUGUGGUCCUGGUACGUGGACAGCGAAGCUGAAGCCUGCAGCGAACGCUGGUGGUACCACAUCCUGUACGUCCACAACCAUCUGCCGUUGAACAAGCUCUGCAUGGGACAUACUUGGUACCUAGCAGUAGACAUGCAGCUCCACAUCCUCGGCAUGCUGUUGCUGCUGGUGUUGGUCCGCUACCGGAGCGUGGCGCUGCCGAUCCUGGGGACAUUGCUGGCGUGCUCGGCUGCCGCGGCUGGCUUUGUGGUCUACUGGUAUCAGCUGACGCCGAUUAUCACUGCGCAGAGUCCUGAAGACCUCCGUACGCUCUUCUCCAAGUCCUCGAUCCUGCCGAAGCUGUAUCUACCGAUGUGGAUGAACCUGGCGGGCUACGCGUGUGGGAUGGCGGCGGCGUUCGUGCUAUACGAGAUCCAGAGGAAGGGCAUCAAGCUUAGAGACAGCAAGCUCUUCAACCUGAUCUUCCACCUCUCCUUACCCGUGGGCACGGCCAUCGUAUGGCUGGGAGUGUCGUUUCUCCACGAAGAGACCCCACCACAGUGGGCCGCGAUCACCUAUAGCGCCCUCGACCGCCCGCUCGUCGCCAUCUGCUUCGCUAUCUUCAUGCUGGGAUGUGUUACUAAAUGCAAAUCGGCUCUACGGUCCAUGUUUGCGUGGAAAGGCUUCCACACACUCGGUAGACUGUCCUACUGUGUGUUCCUCACGCACUUCGUCAUCCUACGUGUCCUGGUCACCAGUAACCCGCAGCUUGGUCACCCUACUACACUAUCUUUGAUAUCGCUGCUAAUAACGGCAUCUGUGUUGUCGCACCUGGCAGCUAUCCCUCUGUGUCUACUGGCUGAACUGCCGGCUAUAGAGCUGUUUAAGGCUUUGACGGAGAAGGAGCGGGUGCCAGCGCCGAUAGACUUGGAUCUUGUGGUCACCAAACGGAAUGAGAAUGUUUGAAUUUCUCUUGAUAAGAUAUUUCACGAAAAGUCAGUUCUUCCUAAGUCAAAUCAUCUCGAAAAACGUCAUCACAGGACUGACACAAUAUUGUGAAAGCUAUAAUAUACAGGGUGGAACAUUUCUAGAGACUGAGCUGAAAGGAUAGUGUUAUCUAAUUGAUCUACAAUCGAGUUAUUUCAGUUAUUACAAUAGUAAAGCUGCAUUUAAAAGUAAAACAAAAUCAAUAAAAUGAAAUAUUAUUAUAUCAGUGACAACCCUACAAAGUUAUUUACAUUUGAAAUUGACACAUGUCAUGUCAUUCAAUAGGAUCUACUUGCUAGGGUUGAAACAUGCAGAAUUUUCGCACUAAUGUUCAACAAACUGUAUCUCAAAAACGGUUAGAAAUAUUAACGUGAUUAAAGUGAAAACUAAAGUCCGUAGCCUGAACAAUGCCCAAUUUGCGUAAAAGUCCUUCGUUCUUUUCCACCCGAUAUAUAGGAGUCCAAGAUACAGUUGAACCCAGCUAAGUUGGCAGCGCUUUUAUAGCCCAGACGGUUGAUUGCUGAAUUAGAUAGAUCACCGAUUAAAUUUCACCGUGUAUACCUAUGUAGUACAACGAUUGUUAAAAUAAGUACAAUUUUAAUUUACUAAGGACUAAAAUGAGAGUG